AUGUCGGAUUCAAUUGAAUUGAUUAAGAAUGUAGAAGAAAGAAAAUUUAAUUCAUCUGAAUUUAUUGAGAGAAAAGUGCCAGAAAAUGAGGAAAAUGUUUCACCAGAAGAGACAGUAUCUGCAGGAACUACUGAAUGCAGUAAUAGUGAAUCUAGGAAAAACAGUAACACAGCUAUUGAGAAAAUUGAGAAAAAUAAUGCUGUAAAUGGUUCUGUAGCUGUUGAUAAAGAAGUGACAGAAAAAAAGACCCUAAAAAGACCAAUCGAUGACGAAGUUAAAGAUGAAGUUCGUGGAAAAAAAACUUGUGUACACAAUGCUUCAUGGGAUAAUCCAGCAAAAGCCAACUCGGAAAACAUGCAGUUAAAUAAGAAAGUGUUGCACAUAUCACCAUUACCAUGCCAUUGGAAGAACGUAGAUUUACACGAUUUGAUAAAAAAAUAUGUAGAAGCAGUAUUUAAAAGAGUUUUGCAUACUAGGAGAAAUAAGCUAUUUGGUGAAAUUGUUUUCGAAGAUGAGGAAUCUGCCGCAGCCGCAAUAAAGACUAUUCAUGGAUUAGAAGUUCCAUCUAAGAGGGGAUUCACAGUACACCUGCAAGCCAAGUACCCACCGAUGAAUUUCGUGUACGGCCAUCAAAGUGACAAACAAAAGGUUUUAAGAAAUAUUGAAAAUACCAGCGAUUCAGUCAAAACAGAGGAAAUAAGACCAGUUAAGAUAAAGACGGAAACUCCUAAUAGUUUUUUGGUAAUAGAACAAAGCACAGAGCAAGUUAAAAUAAGAAAAAAGGAGUUACUCUUGUCUCCAUUCGCCCAUUGCCGUAAAGAAGAACUAUUUGGACUCAACCCGAACUUCUUAGAAAGCCUUAACAUCAAGCCUCCACUCACGAACGCCAUUUGUGUCAGCAAUUUGGACGAAUGCGUCACUGCGAUGAAGAUACGCGAGGUGUUUUCCAUGGCCGGCACAGUGCUGUUUCACAAUAUAAGUACAAAUCACACGGCGUUCGUCAUGUAUGAACAUCCACUAGAAGCUGUACAGGCUAUUUCCAUGUUUCACAAUAAAAAACUAUUCAGUAAGAUUCUGACAGUCGAAUUGUGCAAUAGUGAUAUUUAUUUAAAAAUGCAGAGAGACUUAAUUGACUUACCAGAGGGACUCGAAGAUAUAGGUCCAGGGUUUGGAUAUGAUGGAGCACCCGUCUCAAGUAUAUUUAUGCUAUCGGAAAUAACAAAGAUUAAAAAUGUCCUCCUUGAAAGAUUACCAAAACUGGAUCCGACGAUGAAUGGGCAAGCAUUAUUUACUAAUCUAAAACACAAAAGCAAAUAUAUGUUGCAAAAGCCUACUGCUUUUCCGUUUCUUACAUCGCCGUUGCAUAUAAACCCAUUAGAGAGUAAGGGAAGUGAAAGUACAGGUGAAGACCAUCUAAACUCCAAUGAUUAUAAUAAUCUAAUAGAGCCAGAAACGCAACGCCAAGAAAGUCCUCGUCAGCCCGGUCUUUUAUCUAAAAAUACUCCGCCCCACCGCCAACCUCUUCUUGCUCGCCAUCAAACUCCGUCUUAUCGGCCUAGCCGUCCCGCUAACCCAGCACACCCACGUCAGCGCGUGUCUCCUCUUCUCCCAUCUCCCUCCUAUCGCCCGUCAGCUAAUCAUCAGCCUGCCCCGUAUUACACCGCGCAGAACUCGCAAUAUCCUUUCAAACCACCAACGCAACAAAAAUCACAGUCCAGUAGUCCCCACGCCAGCCCCACGGCUCCUUUGCAAUUACAUUCGAGUAUUGACAGAAAAACACAUCCAAAUAUAAAUAAUCCUUUGCAAUCUACCGGCCCUAACCAAACGCCUGAUUUGAGUAGCAUUUUGGUCAUGUUACAGACUGCGCUUAGCCAAUUGAAUAGUAACAAUAGUCAAAACCUUGCCUUUCAAAGCACGCAGAACCUAAUGGGCGUAUGUCAGAACGCGCAAAUGUUGCAAAAUAUGCAGGGAAUUGCAACUACCCCAAUUAUGGACUCAACCUCGUCGACGCAAAUACAACAACUUUUGCAAAAUCUAUUAAACAUGCAAAACCAAAACCAGCCAAAUAUGCAAGGUCUACAAAAUGGAGUUCCCGGAGUUCCUAGCGUGUCCGAACAGGAGGGGGCUCCGGCUUCAAGAUCAAUAGGCGAAUGGAAUAUACCAACGAAACGAAGCGCGCACAACAAAUCGAAAAAGUCCUCAGCCGAACCGAUUUCAAAGGUGUCCGAUAUGCUAAUGUUUGUUAACUUGCCCUCAACGGUAACCCAAGAUAUCUUUAAAUAUAAAAUGGAAGAAGUUGGGGACCUAAUCCUGGUAGAAGUUUUAGGCGAAGGUCGCGCCCUUGUCAACGAUAAUCAGAGUUAUUUAACCGCUCAAAAGUGGACGGGGAAACAAUUUUUGUCAGGAAAAUGUAAAAAUAUAUGCAAAAAUACUUGGAUACUUGAAAAUGCAAUAGAAGGCCAGAGUUUUGGAGCCUCUUCGCAUAUUCAGCACCAACACAAUAAUUAA